AUGAUAAACGAAAUGCAUGACUACUGCAAACCGGCGGGAACCAGGAGAUUGCGUUUUCGAGACUGGCUCAAACAGAAGCUUGACGACAAUGAAGUCGAAGGUGUGGAAUGGAUCGACCGAAGCCGUGGAUUGUUCAAAAUUCCUUGGAAACACGGUUUGCACCGCCAAUGGUGUAUUAGUGACGACAGUGAAAUUUUCAAACAGUGGGCUAUUUAUUCUGGAAAAUACAGAGAAGGAAUCGAUAUCCCCGUUCCCAGCAAGUGGAAGACGAAUUUCAGAUGCACGUUAAAUGCGCUCCCUGAUUUUAAAGAAGUGAGGGAGAAAAGUCGCCCCCGAGGGAACGAGGCGUAUAAAAUUUACAUGAUGAAAAGCAAUCACUCAAAAAUCGAGCGGAAGGCCACGGGACAAAAAGGUAAGUCCUUAGAAAACUAUAAACCAUUAUACAUUUUUAUUAAAAUAGGAAAACACGCAGCUUCAGUCAGGAAAAUGCAAAUUUCAAAACAAAGUGAGGACUUUGGAGGGGUCACACCAAAAGCGCAUGACUACGCCACAUGACACAAAUGUGUCUUCGUAUUCAGUCUUAAUUCUGGUCAUAUAAAUUACAAUUCGAUAACUUUCCAUUGCUUGCUCCGUUUCUUACAUUUAAAUGUUAUUCCUCGGAUAUGAAAAACCCCUCUUCUAGAAGAUAAGGGGGGUGGGGGGGGGGUGGGGGGGGCAGUAUUUAAAAGAGUUAAUAAAUUCUCCGUUCAAAUUUUCAUUCGCUUGCAUAUUUUUAGUUACUAAUAAAAAACUAACGUGUUUUAUAUAUUUUACUUUGAGGUAUACCAACUUCGCUGGGAAACGCUUUUUUUAUUUCGAACUAUCUAACCAAAUCACCGGAUGUAGUUGUUUUUAAAACAACAUAUUAUCAGAAGAAAAAGAUAGACACGCAGGAAGUACAAAAACCUGCUUGCCAGGCAACUUUGUAGUUCACACGACUGAAAACUUGCAAACUUAGCAACUACUGAUCAAAGCUAAAACCGCACCCUACAUCCUGACCACACCCUUUGGUGUAAAAAAGGGAAGUUAAAUAAUAAAUGUUUACUAUUACCGUGGGAGAAAUUUUUAGGAAAAUUCCAAGGAAUGUAGCUACGGAAAAAGAGAAUACUUUUAAAAGCGUCAAUCCUCACACUGUGCAACUAAACUAAGUACGCCUUACUUCCAUAUAAGAUAAACAAAUUUCCCAACUAGCUCCAGGCCUCAGUUCAUGAUGCUACGCGCGCGGAUAGAUAGUUUUAACGUACUUUGUUAGACAAACUAUAUACAUUUUCGAUAUUUUAAAUCUGCAGCAUCUACACAGCAAUCGUUUGAUCUGUCGGAUAAGGAAAUAGUUCAGGUGAGUAUUGCCAGUGUCUUUCAUUAGGUAAAGAACUCACUCGAAAUUUUUAAGAGCUUCUCUCAACCAAAGCACCGUCCUAAAUAAGCACCGCAUUUGCAGCGCACUCAUCGACAUUUUUGUGCCAAUAUAGUCAAAUACAAAUUUGUUGAAAAUCCUGUAAUUCAUAGAAUCAAUUUCGAAAACAUCACACAGAACUCCAAGUUUACAAUUUAUAUAUGUAUGUACUUAAGUUAAGGACCAUAUUUAUAGUUGCCUCUAUGUCGAAGAUAGCCGGCUGCCAUAGUUGAUCUAGCGGACGCUUUCGGAAGACAAAAAAAUCUUUCUCUAAAAGUCCAACACUCAGUUUUUGUUGCUGAAAGACUCUUAAUACGCCCUUGAUUUAAAAAAAACAACAACAUCUUCAAAACAACUUCCCCCUCUAACCGCCCAAAAAAUGAGAAUGAUUAAAAGUUAUUUCAGGUAGAUGACCAUGCCUGUUGAAGCACCACAAAAUUUCUUGUGAUCCAUAUAUAUUCUGUUAUUUUUUAGCUGUUAGAUGACAUGAUGAGACCAGUUCUUUCGAGUGAGAAGCAGACCGCGCUAUCGCGUCGCCCAAUUUCAGCUUUCCCAGCAUUUGAGACUCUCGUGGUUGACAGAUCAAAAGGUUAGUACGCUUCUUUAAUCGGCUCCUGGCUUCUUGCAAUUCAAUGCAAACUGAAUACACAACAUUAUAGACUUUGCGGCCACUUUUCCACUAAGACCACUUAUGUCAGUCCUAGCGUGUACAUCAGGGCUCCCAAAGGGGUCAACUUGCCUAUAUUAGAAAUUGGCCUUCUUGGUCAAUGCAUUUCGGUGACGUAUCCGAGACACGCUCGGACCACGUGACCCGAAACGCAUAGGCCGUUAACUUUCUUCCAUUCUACACGAAGGUCCCCUGAACAAAUGCUUCCAUUACAGAGAAAUGUUCGUUAAAGUGUUGAAACACCUUAAACCCGUCUAAUACAUUCUCACUCAGCUAUUUGUUUUGCGCAGAAAAUUUUCCUAACUUCGCAUUUCACGCUACGCCUUGGAUCUUGGCGGCUUGGAAUGCGAUGGCGGUGGACCAAUUCGUGCCGAAACCUGCGAAGAAGACGGACAAAGUCGAUGAAAAAGACGACGGCGAUGAAGAUAUCAGUGAAAAAACACCGGAGAAGCCUGAAGAUAAAACAAGUGAAUAG